AUGAGCUCUAUUCAAUUUCAACUUCUCCUAGCAGUGGCAGUGGUCUUUGCUUCUUGCAAUGCCUUCUCAUUUGAUUUGACCCGACCACAAGAUGCGAUAGGGGAGCUCAAGCUGGCCUGGUCUCUUCCAUCCCCGUUGUCCAUGGACUCGCUUCCAUCCCCUCCCUCAAUGGAUGCACCGUUGUGGUACACUGUGGAGAGCAACGUUUGCAAGGGACGGACUGUUUACGAAGAUGAACCAAUGGACUACAAGUUUGCUACCCCAGGAGACGAUUGGUUCACCAUGGAUGAGACACGAGCAACUGAGACCACAACAACCCAACCACGAAGAAUAAUCAACCCCUUCCGCCGAGCAGCGCGGUGGGCUCGUCGUAGCCGUCAACGAUCGUAA